AAAGUGGCACACCUGCGGGGAGACUUACUUGAAACUACCCGUAAGACUGCCCGGCUUUCGCGUGCAAUCGCCAUAACUCUGCUGUUUUGUGAUAGAGAUAGAGAGCUACUUUGCUUCAAUCUCAUACCGGCAGGGCUGGGUCCAGGGCUGGGUCAAACCGCGCCGAAUCCCUCGUGCUUGGCCUCAAUGAAUUAGCUUAAAAUGAGAUGCACUAGUAUCAUGGCACCAUAGGCGCGUUGUGCCCGAUUUGGGCUCACGCAGGAUGCCGAAAUGUGGCGAGGCUGGAGCGCGCGCAUAUGCUGGCUAAUCAACGAUGGCACCAAAGUCCCUCACGAGUGCUCCAGCGAGGCUUAGUAUCAAAGGACGCAAUGGCGAGGCGGACCUCGAGGUGGCUUGCGCGUGGGGCUCGUUCUCAAACCAGGCCUCAGGCAACGGGGCAGCGCCAGCCGGGACUGGUGGAGGGAGGGGCCCAGCGCCUGCGGCGAAGCUCCCUAUCGAUGGCGGCCCUCCCUACGGACGCAGCAGCCACGGCAGCAGCGGACUGGGGCUUGCGACUGUGCCCCUGGGCGGGGACACCUCUGAUGAGGCUGAGGAGGAGGACGGCGCCGCGGUGCCCUUCAUAGGGCCAGGCGCCGAGUCGCACAGCGGCAAGGCACCGUUGGUGCGCUUUGCAACCAACUCCGUCACCGGCCGACUGCCGGGCCUGAUCUCCGUGCCCAGCACCGCUGCGGCGAGUGUGCCGCGCACUGGGCAACACGACCACCGCUCGCGCCCGCACCAGCAGCAGCACGAACAACACCAGUAUGAACCGCACAGCAGGGCAGCAGCGGAGCUCCGGUCAAAAGGCGGUGGCGUGGAAUUGGAGGAACCAGAUGACGACGAAAACGAAGAUGGGCCUGGUCCUAGCGGGCAUGGUGGCGGGCCGCGUUCGUCUUGGAGCCGCCACGGCGUGCAGAAGAAGCCCAUCCUGAAGAGCAAAGCCGGGACGGAGGGCGGUGGCCUGGCACAGCCUGUUCGACCUCGGCGCCCGGUGUUGUUUCAGGACCCAGGGGCAGCGGCCGGCAGCCCCGGCUCCCUAUCAGCCCCAGCACAGCACCUGAGCUACAGACACCUGGAGGAGGAGGAUGGGGAGGAUAGGGACGACGAGGAGGGGCAGGGCGCGCGGGCGACCGCAAGCGCGCGGGCGGCUGUCAUUGCAGCCGCUGCCAGGAAUCCGGGCGGGGCCAGUACCAGCGGCGCCACUUGGUUGCGGCAUCCGGACGGUGCCGACCGGGGCAGCGGCACUGCUGCUGCCAACGGCCGGUCCCGGGGCCCGCACGGGACGCCCCGCUUUCAAACGGAUGGCGCUGGUAGUGGGCACAGCGGUGACAGCGAUGCGGGCGCAGCCGGUGGGGGCGAGGUUCAUCGUCUGGGCGGGAGCAGGGGCCCUAGCCGGGCUGCCAGCAGCACUACAGGUCGUGGGAAGAAGGCACCACGGCCCGCCACGGGGUACCGCUACCACGCCUCACCCCGGCAGCAGGAGCAGGGGCACGGCCACCACGCCAACCACACCGCAGGGCCCACACACCACCACAACCACCACAACCAGAACCCCGCUCACGCACACGGGCUUGGCCACGGCGGGACAGCAGCAACGGCGGUGGCAGCUCCCAGCGCGGACGCCACGUGGGGGCACGUGGCGCGCAGCGCGGCACCCAAGCCGGUGCUGCGGCUCCGGCAGGGCUCCUACACUUCCAUGGGCUCGGUGCACUCGUUCGUGGGCUCGCCCGGAUCACUGGCGGCCGCGGCGCGGCCGGCAGCGCAUCGCGCCGGCGCCGUUGUGGCGGCGGAGGCGUCCGCUGACUCGGGCUCCACUCCGGGACUGUGGGACACGGACUCAGAGCCUGCGUCGGAGUCGGAGCUGAUUGUGGAGGGGCCGACGGAGCGCGCCAGCAUGAGCGGCCAGCCCCAUCAUCACGCAGUCGGCGGCCGCGGCAGCAGCUCGGGCGUCGGCGCAGUCGCAGGCCUGGGGCCGCCGCUGCCCGCGUUCCGGCGGUCGUCGCACUGCGGCGGCGCGCUUGCUGCGGUGGCACCGGCUCCAGGGGCGGCGUUGGGUGCCGGGAUGGGCGGCGCGGAUGCGCCGAUGGUGUCGAAGGGCGCGGCGGGGCGGGGCGCGCUGCAUGCGUCCGUGGGUGAAUGGAAGCAGGGCGUGCGGCAGUGGAAGCACAACGCCGGCUACGACGCCCAGCAGCUGCAGCCGCUGCCGCCCCCGGUACCCAAGCCCAUCCUGCAGAACCGCCGCAGCGCGCCGGGCAAUGUGGGCGGCGGCAACGGCGGUGCUGGGGCCGGCGGCGGCGGCGGAGGCGGCGGCGGCGGCUACCAGCACAGCCGGCUGCAACAGCAGCGCGCGGCGCGCAAGCUGCGAUUCGAGGUGCCGGGGGGCGGGGGGCCGCCGGGGGUCGCUGAUGACGAGGACGACGCGAUGGACCCGCGCGUGGCGGCGGCCGCAGCGGCGCGCAGCAAGGCGGGCGCGCGCGUGGGGACGCCGGCGGCCAACCCAGCGGCCAAGACCGGCUGGCGAGGCGCGUGGCGGCGGAUCACGGCGGCGUUGGGUCGGCGGCCGUCCACGCCCGCGCCCAAAGACCUGAUGCGGCGGGCGGCGGAAAAGGCCGCGGCAGGCGCUGCGGGCGGUUGGGAGUCGGACGGCGGCGAGGAGGAUGAGUGGGAUCAGCAGGAGGUGCAGGAGCGGGUUGAGGUGCAGCCAGCAGCAGCAGCAGCAGCAGCAGGGGCAGCACGGCGUCCGCCCACAGGCAAGCCAGCGAGCAAGCGGGGCGCCGGGCGCAGUGUGGGGUUUGCGGUUUCAGAUGGUGCGGGACAAGGCGAUGGUGCGGCCGGGCCUGGCGGCUCCUGGCGCGGCGACGGGGAGGACGAGGAGGGCGGGGCCGUGGAGCUGACGGAGCAGUCUGCCAUCAUGCGGCGGCCACGUGCCAUGGACUCCAGGGUGGCACAUCGAAAGCGCAUGGCGCACAAUGUCGGCCGCCAGCCGUCGCUAUACGUUGCUGCUGACCGGGCCAUACGCUUUCAGAUCCCCGACUCGAGCGAUGACAGUGAUGGGCUGGAGGGCGAGGACGGGGAUGAGGACGAGGACGGGGAUGGCCAUCGGGAGGAUGGUGGCGACAGGGAGGGCGCGCGGCGUGGCGGCGGCAUCGCGCUUGCUGGUGCUGUUGGCGCCGCGCGAGGCGGCCGCAGCCAGCAUGGUGCUGGCAAGCCGACGGCGGCGAUGAAGGAGGACGACAACGAACAGGAGGAGGACGAGGGUGGGAACGUUGGGGCUGCGGUUGGGCUGCGGGACCGGGGCGGGCAAGAAGGCUGGCGUCGGCAGUCGGCGUCAGGGUUGAUGGCGGAGGGCUCCGCCAGUCCUCGCAGCGCGCGCCUCAGCAGCGCCGGCGGCGUGCCCAGCAGCAGCCGGGGCAGCAAGCGCAACAGCCACAGCAGCAGCGGCGCUCCUGGCGGCCUGGACGUCGAUGAGGACGACGGCCCCGGUGCGCUUGCAUCAACGACGUCGCCGCGAAGCCCGGGCUCGCUGCUGGCCGCCGUCGGCACGGGCUUGCAAACGUCGCCGUCGGGCGCAGCGUCGGCCUCUGAGGCGGGCGGUAGCGGCCGGCCGCGCGUGGCAUUCUCGCUGCGCGGCGGCGGUGGCAACGCGGUGGCUCCAGCAAUGCCUGGGACGCGGGAGCAGUCGCCGGUGGGCAGCAACGGCGGCGCCGGGCCGUCGUCGGCGUCGGCGGCGACGUCGCCCAUGCAGUAUGCCAGCCCGGUGGCUGGCGGCGGCGGUGUGGGUCGUGCGCCGCGGCGGACGGUGACGUUGAGUUCCAUGAGUUCUGCCGGCUCUGCCGUGCCGGCGCUGUCGUCGCCAGCGCCGCCCCCCGGACCGCCGCCGGCGCCGCCGCCCGGCGAGCCCAUGGGACCACGCCGGCUUCGCCGCAACCUUACCAACGUGUCUGAGGCCAGCCGGCGGGACGGCCCCUCGCCUAGUGUUUCCAUAAGCGGCGCGGCCCCGCCGUCGGCGCCGCCGUCCCGGUACGUCAGCGUCAGCGUCAGCGGCUCAGGCUUCGGCUCCGGUGCCGGCGCCGCGGCCGCCGCGGCAGCUGUGGCAGCCGCACCGGCUGCCUCGCCAUCGCCGGCGCUAACGGGCGUGCCGGCGCUGCACCUGCACCCUGCCAGCAGCGUCAGCAGUCAUGCUAGCUCUGCGCAUGGCGCGCACGCCUCUUCGCACUACCCUUCAGCCUCCACGCCCAGCCGCGCACAGCUCGGCCCCACGUCUCGCCUGUCCGCCGAGACGUCGGCGUCCGCGCUGCCCGGCGGCAGCCGGCACGUCGACCAGCACCCGCACUCGCUGUCUCGCUCGCUGCCGCACUCCAGGAGCAUAGCCAUGGGCGCCCUCGGUGGCGGUGGCCACGAGCCGCAGCCCGGCAGCCCUGGCGACUCGGGCAGCUUUGUGGGCAGCGACGCCGGCGAGAACUCGGGCCGCUGGCGCACCGUGUUCAACAAGAUCAAAAGCGCCAUCAGCGGCGGCGGCGGCUCCUCGCGGGACUCCUCCCCCGGCCGCGGCGGCUCGCCUGCCGGCAGCGGCCGCAACACGCCGCGGCGCAGCAGCGUCGCCUCCAUGUCCGACAGCGGCCGCGUGGCGCCCGUCGCCGCCGCCGACGUGCUGGGCGCGGAUGGAGGCGGCGCCGGCGGGGACGCUUCGGGGCCGCCGACUCCAACGGCGGCGGCGGCGGCGGCGCGGCACCGCGCCAUGGACAGCCGCAUCAGCCACCGCAAGCGCAUGGCGCUGGAGCGCAAGCCUUCACUGGUCCUCGCCGCGUCACGGGCGCUGGCAGAGGAAGCAGAGGAGGAAGAGGAGGAGGACGAGGCCGCGGCGGAUGCGGGAGGGCCUGGCGGCGGAGGCAAUGUAGGCGGCGCCGGAAGCCGGGUGGACCGCGUGGUGCGGUUCGAGGAGCUGGUGGCGCACCGCAAGAGCGCGCCGGGGACGCUGUACGCCAGUGGGGGCGACCGCUGGUUGGCGGAUGGGCGCGACGGCGGCGGCGGCGGCGGCAGCGAGGGCGGCACGUCCGCCACAGCGGCGGGGUAUGCGGGGCAGCAGCAGUACCGGCACUCCACUGGCGCGGUGCCGGCAGCGACAUCCGGGCGGAGCAGUGGGGGUGGUGCCGGCGCAAACACGUCAGGUGGCGGCUCUGCCCCUGCACCGCCGCCGUCAGAUGGCGAGCGCCGGUCGUCACGAGGCGGUUUCUUAACCCGUCUCCGAGACUCGCUGUCUGGUAAGAGCUCAAAUGCUUAACCAUGCUCGUUUGGUGGGGACUGCUGUGUUUUAAGUGCGAACGAGUGCAGAAAGGGAGGUGGCGGGGCCGCUACUAUGCUGUGCCGCCAUCCUGAAACAGAGGGGAAAGUGCGGCGGUGUGUGUCGACAGGGUUGUGCUGUAGGUUUGCGGCAACCUCAAUCGCCUAGCCAUAUCACUGGGUUGUGGGGAACAGGCUGGUGGUCCAGCCAUGCACGUAACUGCAACGUAUUGAACCAGACAUGAAUAACUCUGGGUGGCGCGGAUUCGUAAAGUGUUGCGUCAUUUCGCUUCAAUCAAUACGUUGUGACAUACGGUACUUUGGCACAAGGUUGUUUGGGUCAGCCGGUGCGACUCCCGCCAUACAUUGCUGGGUAGGUGUGGUCACUGCUUGUCAGACUUUUGUAUGGGUAGUGCCUAUCGAUGGAGAAUGCUGUGGUUUGUGGGAUGUUCGGUAGCCGUGCGGUUACGUGGCUGGUCCCAAUGUGACGACAGCCACGCGUUUGCCCUGGCUGAUGCGCCACAACCAAUGACCCCUGAUGCAUCAAAUCAGUACGGGGAUGCAUAUAGAACUGUAUGGCAUAACAUGGCAUGGCAUGGCAUGAUUACUGAAUGCUGCUGUCAAGUAUGCGAGUUCCAGGGUGGCAAUGCAGUAAAUCGUGAGGGCGGCGCCCAGACGAAAACAGGGGUGAGAGCGGCACCCCUGGACGAAAAGGAUGUUCGAGGCUAUUGCCUUCGGGCACAGCUGCGUGUGUGUGCACCACCGGGCAGGUGCUUUGAUGAAGUUGUAUGUAAGGUGUAAGAUGGUGACCAACGACCGCGGGCGUGGAUUGAUUAUGAGGUGGCCGUCAUGCCUGAGACGGGGGCUUCGAGUGGGCAUGUUAGGGGCUUCCAUUGACACGCAU